CGUUUGCAUCGCUCACGCCCUAUUCUUCAUCUUCAUCGCCAUAGUCAAAUCACUCUCUCUCUCCGUCGGAAUCUCACAGAUGGCUUCGGCAUCGCUUUCGUUCCCAUCAGUCUCUCCGUCUGCUGCCCCGUCUUUGCAAGACAAGUGCAAGAGCAAAAUGAAGUCUGGAAGCUCUUUCCAAAGUGCUCUCUUUGGAAAGGAAAAACGACCCCUCUCUAUGAAAACAAAGUCUAAUGGUCGUAUAACGAUGGCUGUAGCUGUUAAUGCUUCACGAUUUGAUAACAUUACAAUGGCUCCUCCCGAUCCUAUUCUUGGAGUUUCUGAAGCAUUCAGAGCUGACACUGAUGAGAUGAAGCUCAACCUUGGUGUUGGAGCAUAUCGUACGGAAGAACUUCAGCCCUAUGUGCUCAAAGUUGUCAGAAAGGCUGAAAAUCUUAUGCUAGAAAGGGGAGAAAACAAGGAGUAUCUUCCUAUUGAAGGUUUGGCUGCAUUCAACAAAGCCACAGCUGAAUUGUUGUUUGGAGCAGAUAAUCCAGUCAUUCAUGAACAGAGAGUUGCCACCAUUCAAGGUCUUUCAGGCACUGGCUCCCUCCGAAUUGCUGCAGCACUAAUUGAACGAUACUUCCCUGGAGCAAAAGUUCUAAUAUCAUCUCCAACUUGGGGCAAUCACAAGAAUAUUUUUAAUGAUGCUAGAGUUCCUUGGUCUGAGUAUCGGUACUAUGAUCCAAAAACAGUUGGCCUAGAUUUUGAUGGGAUGAUUGCAGACAUAAAAGCAGCUCCCAACGGAUCCUUCGUGCUUCUUCAUGGAUGUGCUCACAACCCAACAGGCAUUGAUCCAACUCCUGAACAGUGGGAGAAAAUUGCUGAUGUCAUUCAAGAGAAGAACCAUAUUCCAUUCUUCGAUGUUGCUUAUCAGGGAUUUGCUAGUGGAAGCCUAGACCAAGAUGCAUCGUCUGUGAGGUUGUUUGCUGCCCGUGGAAUGGAGCUUCUAGUUGCACAGUCAUAUAGUAAAAAUUUAGGUCUUUAUGCUGAGAGGGUUGGGGCAAUUAAUGUCUUAUGCUCGUCAGCCGAUGCAGCUGUGAGGGUGAAGAGCCAGAUGAAAAGAAUUGCCAGGCCGAUGUACUCAAACCCACCCGUUCACGGGGCACGUAUUGUUGCUAAUGUUGUAGGAAACCCAGAUUUCUUUAACGAGUGGAGAGAGGAAAUGGAAAUGAUGGCGGGAAGGAUCAAAAGUGUGAGGCAAAAGCUAUAUGACAACCUCUGUGCUAAGGAUAAGAGCGGAAAGGACUGGUCUUUUGUUCUUAAGCAGAUUGGCAUGUUUUCUUUUACCGGUCUGAAUAAAGCUCAGAGCGAUAACAUGACAGAUAAAUGGCACAUUUACAUGACAAAAGACGGAAGAAUAUCCUUGGCCGGUUUAUCUGCUGCGAAAUGUGAGUAUCUUGCCGAUGCCAUCAUUGAUUCGUACCACAAUGUGAGCUAGAAAGCAAUCAUUACAAGUUCGAAAGACAUCAUCAAUAAUUUGAAUGACAGGUGAGGCUUGUUCAUUCUGUCUGGAUAUAAUUUUGCAGAAAAUGUUGUAACUUUGUUUUGGUACAAAACCCUUGUAGCUGAAUAUACUAGCCCUGUUUCUUCCCUUUGGGUUAGGGAAGGCAUAUGUUGACCGCAGGAGUAAGUAGUGGCCAGACUUGCAAUAAUUAACAGGAUCUUGAAAGUUAUCGAAUUUUAUUAGUUUACAUUUA